AUGCCGUUCUUCACGAGCCCACAGGCCUUGCGCCUGCGCGACCUCGCUGCCACCCCCAACCACUUCGUCUCCAUGGCCUCGCAAUCGUUCGACUACAGCAACAAUGGCUUCGUCGACGUCUUCAAGAAGAAGGCACACAGCUCGCACCCCGACUUCGCCAACCUCACCCUGCUGGUCUUCGAGGCCGUCAUGGAGGUUGUGUGCGUCAGUCUGCCCGGCUACAUCAUCGCGAGAAUGGGCCAGUUCGACGCAGAGAGCCAGAAGUUCCUGGCCAACCUCAACACGCAGCUCUUCACGCCCUGCCUUAUCUUUACCAAGCUGGCGUCGCAAUUGACUGCUGACAAGCUGGGAGAGCUCGCCGUCAUCCCCGUCAUCUUCGUCGUCCAAACAAUCAUUUCCUAUCUUGCUGCGCUCCUAGUCGCCAAGCUAUGCGGCUUCAAGAAGCGACAAUCCAACUUCGUCGUUGCCAUGGCAGUUUUCGGAAACUCGAAUUCGCUGCCCAUUUCUCUCGUUAUAUCGCUUUCGAAAACACUCUCAGGCCUGCACUGGGACAGGAUACCUGGCGAUAACGACAACGAAGUUGGCGCUCGUGGUAUUCUCUAUCUGCUCAUCUUCCAGCAACUCGGCCAGCUCGUCCGAUGGACCUGGGGCUUCAACGUCCUCCUGGCGCCUGCGGACACAUACAAAGUAGAGGACGGCGGAACCAUUGACUCACUCGAGAGCGGUGAAUACAGCGAAGAGGAAGCACAGCGCUUGCUCGACGACUCACAUUCCGACUAUGAGUCCGGCAACGUCACCAGCUACGCCACCUCUACUGGCACCAGCGAGACAGACUCGAUUGAAGAUCGUGGAAAUGUUCUGGCUUCCGCGGACUUCAUCACGCCCACAAACGGCAAUGUCGCAGUGCCAGGAGAAGGCGACCUCCACCGCAGAACCAACGGCAAUACCAACGGCUAUGCGAACGGAAAUGAUGCGUACAAUGCUCUUUCAUCACUCAAGAAAGAUACCGUUCCCAAGGGUCCCAAGGGCUGGCCAAAGCGAGCCAAGCUCGCAGCGGGGCGCGCAGGGAGGUCCGUCUCAAACACAUUCUCACGUGCUGGCCGUUCGGUCUUUGAAUCGCUGCCCAAGUGGCUCCAACGCACACUAUCCAAGAUCUCUUCAGUACUGGGCACGUUUUUCAAGGGUGUCUGGGCCUUCAUGAAUCCUCCUCUGUGGGCUAUGCUGGCGGCAAUCAUUGUUGCCUCUGUCCCUCAGCUGCAACACCUGUUCUUCGACCCUGGAACGUUCAUCAGCACCUCUGUAACCCGAGCCGUUAACCAGAGUGGACAGGUCGCUGUUCCUCUCAUCCUGGUCGUUCUAGGUGCCAAUCUGGCUCGCAACACCUUGCCCAAGGAAGACCAACACUCCAUGGAGGAUCCAAAGGUCGAGAAGAAGCUCGUCAUCGCAUCGUUAGUCAGUCGCAUGGUCAUCCCGACGCUUGCCAUGGCCCCAAUUCUGGCACUUGUUGCCAAAUACGUGCCCGUUAGCAUCCUCGAUGACCCCAUCUUCAUCAUUGUCUGCUUCCUUCUCAGCGGUGCCCCUACCGCGCUGCAGCUAGCGCAAAUCUGUCAGAUCAACAAUGUGUACAUGGGCGCCAUGUCGAGGAUCCUAUUCCAAAGUUACGUCGUAUGGAUUCUACCCAGCACGCUAGUGCUUGUAAUGCUUGCUUUGGAAACGGUCGAAUGGGCAGCGUGA